UUUUGAUAACCGUGUGAAUCUCUCUAUGACAAAGUCGCAUCAAUAUAUUCACCCCCAAAACAUUUUUAAACGCCAAUUAGCUGCUAAUGUGGUUAUCAUAAAGAACUACAAAUGCCAUGAUGAUCUGGACGAGACUGCCGAAUCAGGGCAAAGGCGUUAAGGUUCCUCGUAACUUCCGGCUGCUUGAAGAGCUGGAAGAAGGUCAGAAAGGUGUGGGGGAUGGGACAGUGAGCUGGGGAUUGGAAGAUGAUGAGGACAUGACCUUAACAAGAUGGAGGGGGAUGAUCAUUGGCCCUCCUAGGACAAUCUAUGAAAAUAGGAUGUACAGUCUGAAGGUUGAAUGUGGUCCCAGAUAUCCAGAGGCACCACCGUUUGUCAGAUUUGUGACUAAGAUCAACUUGAAUGGUGUGCACAACUCCAAUGGCGUGGUUGACACACGAGCAGUGUCUGCGCUGGCCAAGUGGCAGAACUCAUACAGCAUCCGUGUGGUCCUGCAGGAGCUCAGACGACUCAUGAUGUGCAAGGAGAACAUGAAGCUCCCCCAGCCACCAGAGGGCCAGAUCUACACCAACUGAACCCAUGUUACUACUCUCCUCCUUUUCCCCCUCUUUUGUUUUCAGUCAUCCUUUCACCCCAUCUACCACCUCCCUCCUUUUUUCAUUCAGGUGCCUGCCAACACUCAAGCGUGCAUACAUACACACACAGAUAUAGGGACCUACAUGUAUGCACGUGUACAUAAACACAUAGACAUAGGAACAUGUGUGCGAACGCAUAUGCUGACACACACAAACAUGCAAUCACUUCUGUAUGCGCCAUUCCUAGGCCCUGGCCCCUCCCCUCUUCCAUCACUGGAGCUCUGGUUGGCCUAAAGAAGAGGAGGCAGGCGGAGUCAUCGGUCCACACCAGACCUGAUCAUUCGAAUACUGUACAUCUUAAUCUUUUUUUAUUAUUAUUUGUUAUAAAUGCAGAUUGUACAAUAACAUAAAUAAUCUCAAGUGUA